AUGUCUGAAGAGAAUCCCAAUAGCACUUACGAUAAUAACUUAAACACACCCUCAACAACUUCACCUUUUUUUGAUUUUUGGUCCGAAUAUAUUGGAGAACACCACCCGAAAUACGAAGCAAUCGUCGAAACAAUCGGAUUAUUGCAGUUGGUCACGCAAAUAACAGCAAUGUCAGAAGCCAAGAGAACACUAGUAGAAAAUAUCGGUAAAUUUUUGCGUGUAUGCAUAAGAGGACAUAAAAUCAGUCAGCGCAAAAAUGAAUUAGAAAGUGAACAAGAUCAAAAAGUCUUUGAGUUUAUUAGAAUUGUUGUAUCGUUGAUUAACGAUUAUUUGAAAUUAGAGUUUCUAUAUGAAAAAAGAUACGAUAAACAAGAAAUUAAAAAUGAACAAAUUAUUGAAUUUGCAACGAACAAGUUUUCACAACUAAAACGUACAAAAGAUAUCUUAUUAGAUGACCGCGAUUUACAAUGGAAAAGAUUAAAUUCAUUAUACGAAUCUAGACACGCGGAAACACCAAAUCAAUGGUUCCCAAAUAUGAAUAUGUGCAAAGAGCCAGAACACAUGGAAGACGUUGAAUCAGAACUUCAGAUAGAAACUUCGCUCUUGAAUUCUCGAAAUUUUAGCGAUGACUCCAAUAUUCCGGUAGAUAGCGAAUCUUCACAGUCGAAUAGAAACAGAAGCGAAUCGAUGCCAGCUGAUUCACCACCCACAUGGUUUGCAGAUUCGAUAAAAUCAAUAGAAACAACCGAUGAUUCAUUAAAAACAAUCAAUGAUUUUGAAGAUGAGAAUGUUAAAGAUGAGAAUGUUGAAGAUGAGAAUGUUAAAGAUGAGAAUGUUAAAGAUGAGAAUGUUAAAGAUGAGAAUGUUGAAGAUGAGAAUGUUGAAGAUGAGAAUGUUGAAGAUGAGAAU